GGGAGGGAGAGAGAAUGUGAGGGAUGGAUGGAUGGAUAGAUAUAGGGAGCAAAGAGAGAGAAAGUAACAGAUGGGCGCGUGAGGAUUAAGUCAAAUCUGGCUGUAUUUCUGUUAGAAACUCACCCAAGAAAGACGAGCGUGAGAGUGAGGGAGAAAAGGUGAAGAAAAUCAAUAUGGUAGAGAGGACAAAGGAGUGUAGAGGGUCGAUGUCUCUGAAGGCCUUAUAUGUUUCCUAAUCCCACUCCCCAAAACCAUCCCUCUGUCAAUCCCCCUCCCACUCCCAUUUCUCCACUCUAUAUCUCUCCAUUCCAUUUCCCUCAUUCUGCCGUGUCAUUGAGUCCCCCCCCCCACAGUUCCCUCCUCAGCAUUGUCAAUGCCCUCACUCUAGCUGGUCUCUCCUCAGUCCUCUGUCAUCCCUGCGUCCGUCCUCUAACCAGCACCCUCACCCUGUUUCACCAUCCUUCGUCUCAAGCUCCUCUUGAGACACCCCGUCUCUCCCCGUCUCUCGCUUCUCUUUCCAGCCUGUCUCCCACCUCCCUGUCUCUCUAUAGGAGGGGCAUCAUUUCUUCUCGCAGUGGCCCUCGCCCCACUCCCAUAAUCCGCCAUGCUGGAGAGCAUGUCACGAUGCAACCGCUCCCUGCUCUCCCUGUCCCUGACCUCGCUGGCCCUGGCACUGUCCAUCCUGGCCUUCUGCACCUCGUACUGGUGCGAGGGGACCCACAAGGUUGUCAAGCCCCUCUGCCUCUCCCCGGUCAAGUUGAAGAACUGCGGGCAGAACAACAGCCAGCCCUACACCACAGAGAGUCCCACUCUGGACCCCAAGAAGCCGGCAAACAACGUCACCUUGUCGCCCCAGGAAAAGGAAGAGCAGGCGAGGCGUCGGAAAAAGGCCCUCGCCAACGCGGUGCACUACAUCUGGGAGACGGGCGAGGACAAGUACAUGCUGCGCUACUUCCACACAGGUUUCUGGUUGUCCUGCGAGGCACACAAUGAGGAGGAGAGGUGCCGAAGCUUCAUUGAAUUGACUCCAGGAGAGACGCAAGGGGUGCUGUGGCUGUCAGUAGUAUCAGAGUUUGCGUACAUAGGCCUGUUGGCCAUGGGCUUUCUCCUCAUGUGGGUGGAGGUGCUGUGUCUCUGUGCCCGUAAGGAGAUGUACGCUCUCAAGAUCAACGCAUUUGCCGCUAUAUGCACGGUCCUUUCAGGUCUGAUGGGAAUGGUGGCUCAUAUGAUGUACACCACAGUGUUCCAGUUGACUGUGAGCAUUGGGCCAAAAGAUUGGAGACCACAAACCUGGGACUACGGCUGGUCAUUUGCUCUGGCCUGGAUCUCCUUCAGCUGCUGCAUGGCGGCGGCUGUCUUCACCCUCAACUCCUACACCAAGACGCUGAUAGAGAUGAAGCACCGCGCCCGUGUUCGUCUGGAGGAGGCCCGGGCGGCCAUCCAGGCACCCUCCUAUGACGAGGUGCUGCAGGCGGACGGGGGCAUCUACUCAGUCAGCAGCCUGCUCCAGCACUGCAAUCAGGGGGCGUUGAACGACCCCAUGUGUGGGGGAAGGGGGCCGCUGGUGGGCCCGGGGGUUCCAGACCCCAGAGGGCUGGUAGUGAUGGCUGGUGGCUGUGGGACAGAGGGGUGCGAGGACUGCGAGAGGGAGAUGGACGAGAUUGAGGACGCCCUAGACAGGGAAGAGAGGGAGGAGAUGGAGAGAGAGGACUGUGAGAGGUGCUGAGGGAAGGGAGGAGGAGGCGUUAAAAAGAGGUUCUGGCCAUCUGAAACUUUUUUUCUUUUUUUUAACUGUGAAAUGGACUGGUCUUGAUUUCAGUCAUUUCAGUGAUAACUAUUUCAGUACCUCCAUCCAUGCAUUAAAUCUGAGUAGCUAAAGCUCUGUAAAACCAAACACAGAGAGUGAAAUGUAUUGUCCGGGUAGAGGUCAAUAUAGACAAUCACUAAGAAAUGCCUGGCAUUGGCCACAUUUAACAUGUAUAAUAUAGCUCACUUUUAUUCUAUGUCUUUAUGUUAACCCUGUUAUUACUAUCCUGAUAUUGAUCGUAACUGUUCAUCAUUGGCGGCAGCGUAGCCUAGUGGUUAGAGUGUUGGACUAGUAACCGAAAGGUUGCAAGAUUGAAUCCCCGAGCUGACAAAGGUACACAAUCUGUCGUUCUGCCCCUGAACAAGGCAGUUAAACCACUGUUCCUAGGCCGUCAUUGAAAAUUAGAAUUGGUUCUUAACUGACUUGCCUAGUUAAAUAAAGGUAAAAUAAAUCAAAAUCA